GUCAGUCGCAAAUUGUUAUCGCACUUGAGUAUUCUUGUUAUUUGCUUAUUUGAGGUUAAAAAUUAUAAAAAAAGUACAAUUUUAUAGUGUAAUAUUUGUGUCUAGCUGCACAUGAAACUGGAUUACUUAGUGGAUUGCAGUGAAUUGCAACAUUUUGUGUAAAAAUCGUACUGUCAAGUACAUAAGUGUUACAUCAAGUUUUCCCCGAGUGAUUUUACUUGUUUUUAGUGUUUCUUCCGUUAUUGUGAGGCUUGCAAACGGAGCGGAACGUAAGAACUUCAACACUGUGGCUGUCUUUAAACACACAAUAAUAUAUAUUACCACGAAGUGAAGUGAUUUGGCAAAGUACCAAAGACAAAAUUUGUAAACUUUUUUUUCUUUAACCCAGUGAAAAAGUGACUCAAUAAAGAUGUAUCGCGAAAUGUCGUCCGUUGCACUGACACGUCGCGUUGUGACAAGAAAGUGACAGUUCAUCAAAAUGUCCGCUGUCAAGCGCAAAAAGCGGAUCGACGAAGCGCCUAGCAAUCUGAACAGGACUCGCAAAGUUUAGUUUUUAUAUUUUUCCAUAUAAACCUACUCGGUUUCAUUUGAUCUCACAGUAUUAGUGCUCAAUAAAAAGACUGAUUUAAGUAACAACCGUGAUCAUGAUUGCCUUGAAGAAACUGUACGGGGACGAGCUGCUCCGGCUCGCUCUAGUCCUGAGCUUGCUGAAAGCCGACCCAAACGAUUAUCUUGAAAGGGAAACACAGCAACUAAUCGCUGGUCUCCACAUCUCGAACGGAUCUGAUUGGUCGUUAGAACAGGAAGCGAGGACGUUGAUAAGACCACGCUACGUACACCCGAAGUCUCUCGACAAUAUCCUAAUAAACUACGAGAGACAGCUUUUCGAGGAGUUGAACUCGCUUGGUCGGUACGCCAGUACGUACAACGAACAUAAUGACCGGAUAUUUAAUCAAGUUCAUACAUAUUUAGUGAAUAACGUGGCGACCGAUACAGUCGCGCCUGUGUUGGCAGCCGCGACGGUCCCCGAUGAGACUCCAGAAAGCGAUGGGGUGUCCGCGGACGAGAAUGUGGCGCAGGAAGUGAAGGUCUCUGAUGAGAAUGAAGAGCCUCCAUCUGAACCCGACGCUGUCGUCACCGUAUCAGCGGAUUACCUGCACAAUCACACCGAAUCCGACAUAUUUGCCGAAAUAGGCACGAGGUCUUUCGACGUAAACGAGUUUUUAGUGCAACCAAAUGAGAUGCAGAUCAAAACGGAACCAAACGAGGACCCCGACUUGGUGAAUAUCAAUGUGAAGACAGAGGACAGCGACGAUUUGUACAGUGACAAUGCCAUCGACGAAUAUGUCUCAUAUUUCACGGCAAAGUCCGAGAAAUUCGAAUUGGACGAGACUGAUUCAGUUUUUAAUCAAAACAUGGCUGAUUUGAGAGAUUACGAUGAGUUCAAUGAUAUGAAAGAAUUAAGAAACGAAUUGGAUUACCUGAAUGUUAAACACCAAAAUCUCGAUCAGUACCUUUUAGAGAAUACGCCUUUGGAUUCGGAAGUGUACGACUUGGCGCCGAUGUUCGACGACGAGUUAGUUUUGGAUGUGAAGAGAGAAAGAGCCAGCACUAGUUUCACAUCAGCGAGCUCUAGUGGUGUGAGUGAAAUGGAUAUAUCCGGAAGUGAGACACAGGACUUCAAGUCGGAGCCGGACGAAGGCCACCACAGCGGGGAUGAGUUGACGCAGGAGGAUAUGGACCUCAUCGAGGUCCUAUGGAAGCAGGAUGUCGACAUGGGCUUCUCCCUCGAGGACCCUAUGCAACCGGAGGGUCCUCAAGCGACGAAGGUGCUCAGCGUCGAGCUGGACCAGGAGCUCAAGUUGGCAGAAGAGAAGAUACAGCAGAAGAAAGAGGAGACGGAGAAGAUUGAGAAGGUCAAGGCUUCGUUACUCGACACCGACGUUAAGGAGGAUGAUCCAUGGGCUGGCCUCUCGUACACUGUGGACACGGAGACAGGCGAAUACGUGAUCCAGGGUGACCUUCCGUGCGAGCUGGUCAACAGUGAGGAGUCGCGAUUCGACCUGCUCGAGGAGGCACUUCAGCUGGUCGAGCUCGGAGACGAGGCCGAGAGCAAGGAUGAGCAGCCGGAGGCGGUAGAGGGCAGCAGCAGCGGCGGCGACGCUAGCGCCACAGAGAUGUUACACCCGGCGAUGCGGCAUGUGCCGCACCACCCGCUCGCUCACUAUCACAACCAGUCUCUAAUGCGCUCUAUGUCUGUCGAGCAGCGGUGGCAGGACCUGGCCUCGUUGCUGACCAUCCCGCCUCCACCGGACCAGUACCAGCACUACCACCAUCACCAUCAGCACCCCCACAACAUUAGUGGGCAUGGUGCUGCUGGCGGGUACGCGCCAAAUUACCACACUCCCAUACCGCCAGUGCCGGAAAAACAUCCUGAUGCUUAUGCCGGCGCAGCGGCGCCUUUGGAAGGCGCGUACAAGGUCGAGUCUGCGCAUCAUCCGCAACAGCAUGAUGGGAUAUAUUAUCAGAACUCGAGCGAGAUGGCGCCACCGGCCAACCAGGAUGGAUUCCUACAGUCGAUCCUGAACGAUGAGGAUCUACAGCUAAUGGAUAUGGCCAUGAACGAGGGUAUGUACACGAUGAGAAUGCUGGACGGCGCCAGCGGGCACCACGCGCCCCACCCGAGCCACACGCACAUGAUGAUGACAGAGCGCGACUCUGCCUCGGACAGUGCCGUGUCGUCGAUGGGCUCCGAACGGGUGCCAUCGCUCUCCGACGGUGAAUGGUGCGACGGCAGUGACUCCGCGCAGGAGUUUCACAGUUCCAAGUUCCGGCCAUACGAGGCGGCGUACGGUAGGGACCGCUCGGCGCCACAUCAGCCCCAGAAGAAGCACCACAUGUUCGGGAAACGUUGCUUCCAGGAGCAACCAGCGCCAACCCUAGAACCUCUGACGACUCGGCCCAACCCUGCAGGCGUGGUCAAGUACGAAUGCCCCGAGCAGGCGUACCAUCACGACAAUAUGCACAUGCAUAAUGUGGAGUUCGGCGCGCGCCACCAGUUGGCGCCACCGCACGUGACGUCACUGCAGCCCGCGUUGGACCUCAACGCUGCGCACGCGACCCACUCAUUACUACAGACCGGAAUCCCGAGUCCGGUACCGAACCCGAACCGUUUCGCGUACGCGACCCCGGAGAGAGUGCGUCACAAUCACACGUACAGUGCGCCGCUAGCGCCCGCCGACCAGCGGCCGGCCGCAGUACGGGACAAACGAGUCCGCCGACUGACCGACGGAAGUAUAUCGGACGGCGGCUCGUCAGCCACGAGCAGUGGGCAGCACCUCACAAGGGACGAGAAAAGGGCCAAGGCACUCGGUAUACCUCUAGAAGUUCACGACAUAAUAAACUUGCCAAUGGACGAGUUCAACGAGAGGCUCUCGAAGCACGACCUGAGCGAAGCGCAACUGUCACUCAUCAGGGACAUCAGGAGGAGGGGGAAGAAUAAGGUGGCUGCGCAGAACUGCCGCAAGAGGAAGCUGGACCAGAUCACGUCGCUGGCGGACGAGGUGCGCACGAUGCGCGACCGCAAGCAGCGGACGCAGCGCGACCACCACUCGCUGCAGGCCGAGCGGCAGCGGGUCAAGGAGCGCUUCGCCGCCCUCUACAGGCACGUGUUCCAGAACCUGCGUGACCCCGAGGGGCGGCCGCUGUCGUCGUCUCAGUACUCCCUGCAGCAGGCAGCCGACGGCAACGUGGUUCUGGUGCCCAAGAUGACGCAGCACCCUGAUCAUCCCAUGAACCGGACAUCCGACGAUGAGAUGGACAGAAAGGCGAAGAAUUUCGAACAGUGACCCCCGCCCCCCGUAUACCCGAGAUGGUAGCAAACAUACGAGCACACAAGACUACAACGCAAUAAUAUAUAAGAUCUAUAGUUAUAUUUUAUCUAUGGUCUCAUGUUACCUUCCAUAGACCACCGAUUAUACCAUCAUAUCAAUCUGAUAGGAAUAGUGCUGUCCUUUUUUAAUCGCAGGGCGUAGAAAGAGAAAGCCAGCGUAGGUAUUCUUAAUCUAUGAUGCAGACAGGACAGUAUCUCAAUCUGUCAAAUUAAUAUGAUGCUAUGAAAUUGGCGGGAAUUUUUUGUCUAUGGAAUUUUUUUAAACUGCGAAUUCGUUACCUAGAUAAUUCCGAUAAUAAGAUAUUUGAAUUUAUUUUUGGAAUUUAAAAAGGCCCAUCUUUAAACUGUACCUGCAUACCUGAUUUAUUGCCUUAUAUUUUAACUAACGACAUUUAAACUAUCCAAUUAAAUGAAUCCCGAAAAUAAAAUUAAAUAUUUAUUAUUAAAAAUAUAAAAGUUUAAAAUUAAUUAAUACACCAAAAUGUAAUCCAAUAGUCCGUUUUUAAUAAUAUUGACAAAAAAAUAAACAAGUCGAAUUAAUAUUGUCAAACAAAUAUGAACCUUAUUUUUAACUGCACAUACCUGCUAUUUGUACAUUUAUUAAUAUUUUUAUCAGACAAUCUACUUCGCAAUUGUCUUGGUAGUGAAUUCCCAGUGAUUCCCUUACGUAUGGUCUCAUUUUAAAGUUUUCCAUAGACAGCGUGGUUUUUAAGAUUGUCUAUGGUUAACUUUAAAAUAUACUCUGUUGUCUUCAAUGGUCUCUGACAGGUCAGGUUAUGUUAUAUCAGAGUUUAGACCAUCUGCCUACUUAAUAAGAAAGACGGAUAAAAACGCAGAGAUUUUGUUUUUUAUGCAAGGUAAAAGGCAACGGUACAAAACCCAUACAGCCUUCCUGUUCUUAAUAUCGUCACAGUCGUAGAAUACCGACGGAUCUGACAAAUAUUACGUAUAAAGAUCCGUCGGUAUUCUACGACUAUGACGAUAUGUUUGUAAACAAAUUAGUUGCCAGUUUAAAAACUUAAAGGUAUAAAAAAUAUUAACUAGUAUAUCAUGCCGUCUUUCUUAAAAAAAACAAAUAGCAGGUCUAAUUCUGACGGUGCUUCUAGCGGUUUUUCUUUCAUAUACACGUCUCGAAAUUGUUUUAACAUUAUUUAUUUGUGAUAAUAAAAAAUAUUCCAUUUUUGUUAGUGUCUCUUAGUUGUAAAGUUGGCAUUGGUCUCGCAACAUCAAAUUCUGCUCGCGUUUUCGCUUGUAACAUCGACAUAUAGUUUUUAAUGGCAUACAUACAUUUGUUUAAAUUCAUACAUACAUAAAUAUUUGUCUGCAUUUGAAAUUGAAUUAAAAUAACAAUGCAUAAGGUCCUAUUUCAUGUAACAAGCGAUAAGUGUCAAUUUUCUAUAAUUCUCUCUUUAUUACAAUAAUAAUUUUAUAAACAUCCCACUGUUGGGCAUAGCUUUCAUAAUAAUAGUCAAAAUAAUAGGGGCAUACAAAUUUUCUAUUAACACGAUUUCACUUCCAGCGUGUGUGAUCUUUGACAUAACAAAACAAAAAAAAAAAUGUACUUAUUAAAAAAAGAAAAAACUUAGCCACUUCUAAUUUAUCAUACGAUUAAAAAAAAUAUAUAUGUCGAUGGUUAUUUAGUACUAUAAUACAGAAAUGACUGAUAUAAAAUAAAAAAAAAAUAGUCUAUAAAAUUGGUGUCUAUGACACCGUCGCGUUGCAAUAAGUAAUCAUAAAUCGAUUUUAACUUUUAAUUUGUAAAGUAUAUUCGCUCUUGCUGUUUUAUUUAUGUAUAUUAAAAAAAAAAGUAGAUAAGUUUGUUAUAGAAUUUUGAAUUCUGUUUUUUUUUUCUGCUAUUUUUCCGAUGCGUGAACAAAACUUACUCUCAAAACAAGUACAAAUUGUAGAUAUUGCCAGAUUUUUAUACACAGCUCCAACUACAAUAUUCAUUUAUGCACGUUGAUUUUGUCCCUUAUAAAUCGAUAAUAUUUUAUCGACCCUCGAUAAAGUAUCGACAUAUCGAUAAGCGAUACAUAAUUGACAAACACACUAUCGUGCCGGUUUCCUGUUGUAUUAUAUUAUGUAGUUGGAAGCGAAAAAUAGUAUACUUGUAGUUAACUAAGGUCAGUGUUUAUAUUUGUUUUGAACUGAUCUUUAAGGUCUGCUAUAAGUCUAUGGUAAGCCAUAUUUGGCAAAUUUUUUCAAAGACAACAAACAUCAAAUAUAUUGUUUAUUAUGUCGAUAUUGUUUUCUUUUUUCGUUCUUCCCGAUAGCCAUUGUUGUCUUUAAAAAAAGUCGCUUUAUAAAAUGUAAAUUAUGAGAAAUAUUUAUAUGCUGUGGUGCAUAUUUUUUUAACCUAGCGCAUAGACAAUGGCUUUUAACUGAAAUAAAUUUAAAAUGAUAAAAAAAAAUGUUUACAUAUUUAUUAAUUUAAGACUUAAGUAGGCCACGGGUAAAGCAUUUCACUUAAGUUUUUGUUCUUUUUUUAUCGAAAAGUAGGUGAAAAGGCUGUGGGAUCUUUAGUGUUUCCGGCGAAAAUGAUAUAAUAUUGUCUAUGGUGAUUCGAAAAUGGCGCGUUUAUAAUCUGUAUCAUAACUAUGUAUUUCCCGCCAUUUACAAAUUGAUAAAACGCCGGUAGAAUUUAUUUAACACAAUGCUAUUCAUAGUAACACAAUUUUUAUUACUAUUCAUUAUUACGUCGCCAUAUUUCACAAUUUUUUUUAUACAUUUAAUACAUUAAAAUUGAUAGUUGUGAAAUAAAAACAAAGAAAUAAUUUCGCGCUCUUAAUUUAAAUAUUUUCAAUGUGUGUUUUAUCACAUUUGAUUUUGCGGUUUUUUGGCGAAACAACGUAGUUUUUUUUUUAUUUUGGUCCAGUUUACCUCAAUGGGAAAGGCAAAGGGCUGUGCCCAUAUACAUUUUUGACAAUACACAAGUCACCUUCGAAUAUAAUAGUUCGAAAUAUAAAAUUUGUGUUACUGUGAACGUUUUGCCAGUUUAUCGUAAACUCGCGAGAUUGCGUUGCGCAGUGUUGUAAUAUAUUAUUACUGAUUGUUAGUAUUGUAAGAUUUCUUUUUUACUGUAACAGAAGUUAAUAACUUAAGUUAGUUGUAAUAACCUAAUUAUUAAGUCUUAAUAUAAAAAUGAAAUUUUC